GCAGCCCCCCUGUUGUCCGUUUCUGAGAGAGAGAGAGGAGCAGACAUGGCUUCGAGAGAGAUCACUGGUUUCGUGAGUGUGACUAAGGAUAUUACAGAGAGCAUCAAGAAGACCAUCGACAAAUCAUCAAUCAAGUUUGUUUAUGGCAUCAAGCUGGACACCAAAAAUGGCCGAACAGAGGACAGGAUCCUGGUCCUCACAACGUGGCGGCUUUAUUUCCUGGCUCCAAAGAUCCCUGCUAAGGUCGAAUCAACCUUCAACUUCUUGGAGAUUCGAGCUUUGAAUUCUCAUCCAGAGCAUCAGGUCAUCAUCGACACGGACAAAUCAAGCUUCUCUCUGAGGUUCGAGUCCCGGGAGCAGCUCAACAAUGUGGUCAGCCAUAUUAACUUCGCCCUGUCCCGAAUAUUCAACAACUCUAUUUUUGCCCCCUCCAUCUGUCACUCAGACAGCGACCUUUCUGAGGGCAGCAGGAAGUAUUCGCCCAGCUCUGAGACAUCCGUGGAGACGCAGAGAGCCUGCGGAGGCUUCUCGGAGACGUACUCGGCUCUGUGCGACUAUAACGGCAUCAGCUGCAAAGAGGAGGUGCAGUGGGAUGUGGACACCAUCUAUCACUCCCAGGACAGCCGCGAGUUUAACCUGCUGGACUUCAGCCACCUGGAGAGCAGAGAUUUGGCUGUGAUUGUGGCGUCGAUGGCGUACAACACCUGGUUCACCAAACUCUACUGCAAAGAUCUGCGCAUUGGAUCAGAGGUAACGGAGCAGGUCCUGCACACAGUCAGCAAAUCAUCCAGCCUGGAGGAGAUCACUCUGGAGAACGCAGGGUUAAAAUCAGAUUUCCCUCAGAAGAUGUCAGCCGCUCUCUCAGAGAAUCCGUCAUCUGUCAUCCACUCGCUCAACCUUGCCCACAACUCACUGGACAACCAAGGUGUCUCCAACCUCAUCCAGCAGGUUUGUCGUCUCAGUAAAGGGCUCCGUCUGCUCAACCUCUCCAAGACCUCACUCAGCUCCAAAGGUGUGGUGUCUCUCUCUCAGGCUCUGUGCUCCAGCGAUGAAUACUCAAACUCUCUGCUGCACCUCGACCUGAGCAAGAACCCCGGGGUUCUCUCUGGGGAGGACGCCUCGAACUUGUACCUGUUCUUGUCUCAGCCAAACUGUCUGGUCCAUUUGGAUCUGUCGGGCACCGACUGCUGCGUGGACUCUCUGUUUGGGGCUCUUCUGAGGGGCUGUUGUGCUGAUCUUUCCUUUCUGAAUCUUUCCAAAAACUCCUUCUCUCACAGGAAAGUGAAGGACACGCUGCCGCUGUUCCGUCAGUUCUUCAGCUCGGCCUUCAGCCUCACUUAUGUCAGCCUGGCCUCCAUGAAGCUGCCUCCCGACGUUCUGAGAGCUCUGCUGACGGGGUUAACCUCCAAUCCUCACAUCAACGACCUUCAUCUGGACAUCAGCGGCUGCGAGCUGAGGUCUGCAGGAGCCGCUGUGAUCCAGGAACUCUUCCCCAGAGUCUCCUCCAUCGGCACGCUGGAUAUCUCCGACAACGGGCUGGAUGCAGACCUGCUCACAGUCCUGCCGGCGCUCUCCAGACAUCCAUCGCUCAAACACCUUCAUCUGGGCAAAAACUUCAACAUCAAAAACAGGGUUCUGGAUGAAGUCCUGCAGAAACUGGUUCAGCUCAUCCAGGAGGAGGAGUGUGCCUUGCAGUCUCUCUCUCUCACCGAGUCCCGCCUGCGCUCCAGGGGCACCGUGCUGGUCAACGCUCUGGGCAGUAACACCUGCCUGAGGAAGGUUGACCUGAGCGGGAACAACAUGGACGACAUUGGUGCCAAGAUGCUGAGCAAAGCACUGCAGAUCAACACCACGCUCAGGAGUGUGACGUGGGAUCGUAACAACACCUCUGCUGCAGGAUUUCUGGACGUGGCGCGAGCACUGGAACAUAAUUUCACCUUGCAGUACAUGCCUCUGCCUCUGAGCGACAUCAGCCAGGCAUACCGCAGCGCCCCCGAGAGGACUGAGCAGGCGCUGACCAAGAUCCAGCGUGCUCUGGUGAGAAACAACCAGACGCAGCGUUUCUCUCAGCGUCAGGCUCUGCGGCUCCAUCAGGGUCUGGUGACCAGCACGGCUGAGCAGGUGAUGGAGCGGCUGAGUGUGCGCGUCCAGCAGCAGGUGUGCGUGUUGCGAGGUGUUGGAGACAUGGAGGAGAUUCAAGCUGCUAAACAAGUGCUAAAAGAGGCCAGGAACUCCCGCGCCCUGUACCCGUCGCUGUGCGAGCUGGCUCAUGUUCUCUCCGUGGACGGCCCCGUGAGGCAGAGGCUCGACUCUCUGGCGGGUGAACUCACCAAAGCUGCAGACAAGGAGCUCCAGGUAAUCGUGGACUCCAUGGUGUCUCUGUGCCGUGAACUCUGCCCUUUAUCCUCUGCCGCGGCGGAGAGGCUAACUCCUCCGCUGUCCUCCGUCUCUGAGCGUGUCUCCAUCCCUCGCUCGGCCAUCAGGACGGCUCUGAUGGAGAGAGCGGCCCAGGACAUUCACCGAGCCUUAGAAGAAGUGAAGCUGUCAGUCGUUUCAUAUCUCACCAACUCCAUCGUGGACCAGAUCCUGCAGGAGCUCUACGCCACACAUAAGACCCUGACUCGGCAGGUGUCUCAUCUGAAGCGUUGGGACGGGUCAUGUGAGGACGGGACGGCCUGGAGGUUCAACAGACACAGAGACUCUCUGGACAUCACAGACGAGGAGCUCAGCACCAGCAUCGACACAAUAGCCAUUAAGAAGCGCAGCUCAAGAACAAGACGAAUACGACCCGUCUCCACCCGGCUGAGUCUGUGUGAUGACUCCAGCUCCUCUCCUCCCCCCUCCGUGCCAUCCUACUCCUCCCCGCUAUCCCGCUCGGCAUCAUGGGAGGGCCUGUCAGAGCUGCCAACACAAGGGCUGCCUCUUCAUCAUGUGACGAGGGUUCGACCGCGGCCUCCGAGAAGACACAAAGGAGGAUACAUCCCAGCUGAGACGCAUUGCAGUGAAAAUGGAGGAAUAAGCCCCCUGGAUGACGGACUCCCAGACUUCUACUCAAAGAGAGUUCUACCUGACAGUCAGCUCUCGUCCCUGCACAAAGCUCACUCUCUGCGGAGGAAGAAGAGGAGAAACAUGCUCGCCAUCUUCGGUUUCCGCAAGAACAAGACCUCCAAUCAAGGGGCGGAGCCUGAGGCCGAGGCAUACGGUGAUGGGUGUCAUACUGUUGCCACAGCGCCCACAGGGACAGCCACAGAGAACGUGUACACGCUCCUCCAGCCUCCCAGGUCCGCCACCAGGGCUGGAUCCCCCGGUGAGGGGGCUGAUGGGAAAAAUACUCUGCUGCUGAGUCCUCCAGCUGUGCCGGGCAUCCCUCAUCCGAAUGUGGGGGGAAGCAAACACCCUUUUUACUCCCCCAGAGAGAUUUCUGACGUGGACGCAGUGUUUGAGCAGUCGACGGAGACCGACAAAUACUGGGUGGAUGACAGGCAGCGAACGACGGAGGUUCUGCAGGAAGACAAGGAGUGGAUGGAGGAGAAGCAGCUCGCAGACGGACAGCGCUUUGACACCAGAACGGCAGACAGACAGACGGACAGAUACUGGACAGAGAGCAGGCCGACGGACAGACAGUGGACGGUGGACAGACACACGCAGAGACAGAUCGACAGGAAGAUCGAGAGACAGUGGGUGGGCGGCCGACAGAUAGACAGGUCGUGGUCAGAGAGCAGGCAGGCGGACGUUCAGGUGGACAAUCAGUGGAUGGAGACGAGGCAGACCAGCAGGAAGUCAGACAGACAGACGCUUCACCUUGCUCAGAGGCCACUGCCGCCAUACCCGUCAGAUCGCACUCCCUCGCCAAAGCAGGAAGCGGAUCCUCUCAAAGGCACGGAGGUCGUCGCUGUUGAGUGGCAGCAGCAGGAAGAUAAAGUGACGAGUCCUGACGCUGGUGGAGGCUUCACGGAAGGGUGGAGGGGGGGAGGAGGUCGAGCCACAUCCAAACCCGAGCCCCCGCCACAGAGCAGCAAACCAAACCUCCCCAAAAUGAGACAGAGACAUCGAAUGGAGAGCACCGAGCCUCUUCCAGGUAUGGAGGAGGAGGGAGAACUCGAGAAGGAUCCAGUAAAGACGGAAAAAAAAGAUAAAAGGAGAGACUCGGAGGGUCAGCCUCCUCCGAUUCCAGACAAGCCAAAGACGUCCUCAUAUGUGACUUUCUCAAAAGAAGCAGCCAAUGAGAGGAGCCUCCCUCCUCCACCUGUGCCACCUCCUGGUGGCAAACCUGUGCACGGACUACCAGACCGAGCUGCAAGUCAAGGCGAUGAAGGGCUCAGACCUCAGGCUCCAGUCAAACCCCAGAGGAACAGGAAGGCCAUGUCCUGUGAUGCAGGCACUGACAGAGAAAGUCCAAAUAACGUUGAGAAGCCCCCAAAUCGAAAACCCCCAGUGAAAAAACCCCGACUACCCCAAAACAGAAAUAAAUCUCUGGAGCUGUCUGACAGCCUGAACUCGUCCUCCGGUCAGAGCGAGUUAUUGUGA